CGCCAGUACAGGAGUGUGAAAUCUGAUGGGUUGCUAAUGAUGGCCUGGGACCUUUCAAGGGAUUUGCUUCUGGUGAUAACAUUCAGAUUUGUCGGGCAGGAAUGCAAAAGUAACGUCAAUGCAAAUGGUUGGGAUUCUACAUUCCCCCCCCCCCUCUCCCCCCGGCAUUUCUGCAGCAAGAUAAGAAUGUUGACCUCUGGUGCAUGAGUAAUUAAAAGAUCGCAUUUAUCAAAUAGCCCCAUUUUGUAUAAACCUGCCUGCUUGCCUUGCCUUGCAGCAGCUAGGUGUGAAAUUCUUUGACAUCACUAACGCCUGCUUUGGAAACUACUGAGUUGAUUUCCCAUUAAAAGACGCACACCGCACAACAAUACCUGUCGUAUUACACCAGAGUAAAUGUCUCACAUGGCAGAGCCUUUCAUCCCAUCAAGUCCCACGCUGACCAUAGAUCACCCUGUUCACACUAGUUCCAUGUUAUCCCAUUUUCACAUCCACCCCUUACACACUAGGGGACAAUUUACCCAAUGCCAAUUAACCUACAAACCAGAGAUAGACACAAAAAACUGGAGUAAAAGCCCUGUCCCACUGUACGAGUUCAUUCCAAGUCAAGUCAAGUCAAGUCAAGUUUAUUUGUCACAUAUACAUACGAGAUGUGCAGUGAAAUGAAAGUGGCAAUGCUCGCGGACUUUUGUGCAAAAGACAAACAACAAAACAACCAAACAAAUUAUAAACACAAUCAUAACACACAUAUUCUUUUACAUAAUAAAUAAUGGAAGAAAAAACGUUCUGUAGAGUUAGUCCCUGGUGAGAUAGGCGUUUACAGUCCGAAUUGUCUCUAGGAAGAAACUCCUUCUCAACCUCUCCGUUCUCACCGCAUGGCAACGGAGGCGUUUGCCUGACCGUAGCAGCUGGAACAGUCCGUUGCAGGGGUGGAAGGGGUCUCCCAUGAUUUUAUUUGCUCUGGAGUUGCACCUCCUGUUGUAUAGUUCCUGCAGGGGGGUGAGUGAAGUUCCCAUAGUGCGUUCGGCCGAAUGCACUACUCUCUGCAGAGCCUUCUUGUCCUUGGCAGAGCAAUUCCCAAACCAGAUGGUAAUGUUCCCGGACAAGAUGCUUUCCACCGCCGCUGCGUAGAAGCACUGGAGGAUCCUCGGAGACACUCUGAAUUUCCUCAAUUGCCUGAGGUGGUAAAGGCAUUGCCUUCCAAGAGUUAUCCCGAGUUUGCCCUGAUUCGAACUCGGAGAUUUAUGGUAAUGGCCGCCCGUCGGUACUCGGGGCUCUCGUGGACAUUUUUCAUCAUGUUGAAAAAUCUUCACGAGUCUUCCCGUGCUUACCUGCCGUUAGCGAAUCUUCCCGAGUACCUGCCGUUAGCGCUAAGAGACGUCCCCGAGCUCCGACGUACCCGCUACGUUCAUUCUCCGUGCUUACCACGAGUUUGAUUUUUUUUUAACUCGGGAGAGCUCUUGGAAUGAACUUGUACCGUGGGACAGGGCUAUAACUUAACUGGUUAGGCAGUAUCUGUGAAGAAAAAGAAGAGGCGAUGUUUCAGGCCGAGACCCAUCUUCACAGCCUAUUCCUUCACUCCAGAGAUGCUGUCUGACCCGCUGAGUUUCUCCAGCCUUUUGUGUCUAUCUUUGGUUUAAGCCAGCAUUUGCAGUUCCUUCAUACCCAUUUAACCUACAAACCCGCAAGUCAUUGGGAUGUGGGAGGAAACCGGAGCACCCGGAGGAAACCCACGCGGUCACAGGGAGAACGUGCAAACUCUACGCGGGCAGCACCCGAGCGCAGGAUCGAACCUGGGUCACUGGCGCCGUGAGGCAGAGACUCUACCAUAGUUUUAUCCGACAACCAAGUCUGAAGAAGGGUCUCGACCCGUCACGUCACCCAUUCCCCUUCUAUCCAGAGACGCUGCCUCCCUGUCCCGUUGAGUCACUCCAGCAUUUUGUGUCUAUCUUGUGAAAUGUUGGAGGCAUGUGUGACGAAAAGAAAAUAAUGCAAUUGUCAUCACCGUCUAUUUUAGUCCCAUCUGGCAUCCAGCAUCAAGCCGCAACGCAGACUGCAUUUCCAUUUGAGACCAUGUCUUCUCCAUCGGUUGUGAAUAGUUGUGUACAUGAGGCAACUGAUCCUUUGUACUUCAUCUUAAGGCUGUACUUGCGGGCGGAGGAACAUUUUAAAAUAGAUUGUUUUUUUUACACGUGUAGGACUUUACAGUCUUUAAUGAAUGUAAGCCGUGGCGAUUUGUCACUUUUUGCAGAUGACAUGUCCAUCAACAGGUUGCCCAGAGAAAAAAAAAAAUUAUGCUAAUCGCGCAGGAACAUUUCUGUGACAUCAAAUGGCAACGAAGAAUUUGGAUUGCAUAAAGCAGGCAAGGUUAUUUAAGAAUCAGCGCAGGGGAUGACGGAGACAACACAGUUCUCAGCUGAAGGAGACUGGCAAUGUUAAAGCUGAUUUAUUGUUUGUCUCUGGCAAUAUAACUGAGCUGGGGAUUAGACGAGAGAGACACACUUGUGUUUGUUUGUGGUGGUAGUGGUUUUGUUUUGGAGAUUACUGAAGGGCGGAGGCAAUGUCACGAGGCGUGUUUUGAAAAGAUCUUUUUGCCUCUGAUUUAUUCCCUGACAAUAUGAAUGCACGGGUCUCCCUGGCCACUUGCUUGGCCAGAAUGUACGAAGGAGGGAACGUGGAGGCUCAGAGUAAAAGCGAGUCCAUUGUACAAGCAAAGAAACCAUCUGGUCCACAUCAAGGCACAGUGGCCAAUAACCUGAGCACCAUGGAUGGCAAACUGAAUCUACUGAACGAGAAGAUAGAUCAAAUAGUGAACUUCCAAGGGCAGGUGCUGAAGAAGCUGGAGCUCAUGUCUGAGGGAAUGUGUGACUUGGAAAAUAAUAUUGUGCUGAAAGGAGGUGGUGAAGAGGUGGGAGAGAGGAGAGGUACCACCGACCCCCUGCCACAUUCCCACUGCCCUGGACACUCGGAGAUGAAGCCCCUGUUCACCGAGCUGCUCAGGCUGGUCAUGUCCGUGCACGAAGGCGCGGCCAAACAAAAGGAGAAGUUAGACGGCAUCGAGAAAACCGUGUCGGCCGUCGGUAAGGCUGUCCACUUCGUGGGGGAAACCUUCAAAAAUUCCCACGUCGUCCAGUUUAUCCUUAAAGGAACGGUGCCAUGGAGAAAGGGAAGUCUCGUAGAAUAUUCAGAGGCAAAGAAUAAAGUUGAAGAAAAAGACUCCAAACCCAAGCGUGGAUUUAACAGCCGGGGAGUCCAAGUGCAGAUAAGCAGUGAAGUGUCUGAAGGCACGGACAAAAACACACCUGCUCAUCGAGAAAUAAACACAGGCAGCAACGAUGGCACAGAGCUUUGUGGAAAGAACAAGAAAGCUAACGAUGAACACGUGAGUGAGGACAGUCGUGUUGUACCUGCAUCACCAGCGAGGUUGCAGUGUAAAGAAGCCGACACCUUAGAGUCAGCAGCCAAGCGCAAAGUGUCAGUAUGUUCGGCCCCUCCACCAGCUCCACAAGCUGCAGCAGCGAGGUCUGGAGCAUCCAGUGACAAAGAGACGUGCUUAGCAACAGGGGGAGGAAAAGAUGUUCCCGGGGAAAAUGGGGGAUGCCCGCAGGGUCACAAAACAACGGGAAAAUACCGGGAAGAAGCGAGCAAAGAGAAUGAGGAACAUCGAGUACAGAGGAUUGAACAAAGUCAGGGGAAGGAGGCCCAUAAGAUGAAGUCUGCUGGCACAACUGAAGCUGCGGGGAUCAGUUUGGCGACCAGUCCUUCAAAGUUUGACGCAAGCUCUAUACUUCCAGAGAGGACCUCUGACUCGAUAAAGGGAAAGACAUCGAAGCUCACAGCCGGGCUCAUUAUGGACAUUAAAGCCAGCAAAGUCCUUGUGCCUGCACCAUUCAAUAGGUUGAAGGAACCACUCAAAAAGCUGAAAGAACCCACAAAAGCAAACUCAUCGCAAAAAACAGCAAAGGGAACAAAGCCCGUCGCGGUGUUGGAGGCCAGAGACAGCAGACCAUCCGAACACCAGGAAAAAGCUUCACCAGACGUCAAAAUCCAAGAGAGCGUGGAAAAUAUCCAGAGGUGUCAAAGUGUAGCGGAACCCAGCGGCGAUCCGGAGAAAGGUAUUGAAUCACAGGCUUCAACAGCAGCCGAGACAACCAGCAAAGAAGCUGACCUGGUAAAUGAACGAGAAAUGAAGGGUUCCACAGAGACCACAGCCGAGGAGGCAGAGAAAACAAAGGGAGUUGUUGAAAUGCCAGAAGAUUACAAGAUCAUUAUUGACGACAGUCCGUCGCCUCCAGCCCCCUUCAGCCAUCGCAUUGUGACCGCCAAACAAGUCCAUGUAGCCUCCUCAUACACGGUUCACCACCAUGAGGUAUUAGGCGGGGGUCGGUUUGGCCAGGUUCAUAAGUGCGCAGAGACAUCAACAGGCCUCGAACUUGCUGCCAAAACAAUAAGUGUGAAGGGAGCAAAGGACAGGGAAGAAGUAAAGAAUGAAAUAACUGUCAUGAACCAGUUGAGUCACGUCAACCUAAUCCAGCUUUACGAUGCCUUCGAAGCCAAGAACAAUGUCACUCUGAUCAUGGAAUAUGUUGGAGGUGGAGAGCUAUUUGAUCGAAUUAUUGAUGAAAACUAUAAUCUGACAGAAUUGGAUACAAUCAUCUUUGUGAAGCAGAUCUGCGAAGGUAUCCAAUAUAUACAUCAACAGUACGUGCUUCAUUUAGACCUGAAGCCAGAGAAUAUUUUGUGUGUAAACUCCAUGGGAAAUCAAAUCAAGAUUAUCGACUUUGGGCUGGCCAGAAGGUAUAAACCAAGAGAAAAACUACGCGUUAAUUUUGGUACUCCAGAAUUCCUUGCUCCAGAAGUGGUGAAUUACGAUUACGUUUCAUUCUCCACAGACAUGUGGAGUGUGGGAGUUAUCGCCUACAUGUUGCUGAGUGGAUUAUCUCCUUUCCUGGGCGACCACGACACUGAAACCAUGAACAACGUUAUCAAUGCAAACUGGGACUUUGAUGCUGAAGGAUUUGAAACAGUGUCUGAAGAAGCAAAAGAAUUUGUUUCAGACCUGCUCGUGAAGGAAAAGUGCAGAUCCAGUGCAUCAAAGUGCCUCAAACACAACUGGCUGAACAACCUACCAGAAAAAGCAAACAGAUAUAGGGUCCGGCUCAGGUCCCAGGUGCUGUUGCAAAAGUAUAUAACACAGCGUUUAUGGAAGAAAAAUUAUUACGUAGUUGCUGCAGCCAACAGGUUCAAAAAGAUCAGACAGCAGAGUUCGUGCAAUGAUGUUUAGUCAGUGCCUUGGGUUGUGACAACAGAAGAAAUGGAACCAUCUGGUGAAAGAAAAAUCCAAUAUAUUAUCAUAUCAGAAGUGGUGGAACUAUGAAUUAAUUCUAUUUUGUCUUGAUUGCAUUCAUAUGCUGUGUUUUAAACCUUUGGGACACUGCUCUUAAAAAAUGUGGCCAAAUUGUAUGAUGAAAUUAAUAGUGUUACCUAUAACCAGCAGAAACGUAGAAUGUUCUCCUUUCCCCCUGACAAAUCAGUUUUAGGUUUAUAAUGGUUUUGUUCUGCAUGCUAUCCAAUCAGGUCAGAUAAUGGUCUACAUAAUACUAUAAAGUUAAACUCCAGUACAAUAGGUAAAGCAAAGGGGAAGAUACAGAGUGCAGAAUAUAGUUCUCAGCAUUGUAGCGCAUCAGUUCCAGGGACAAAGUCCAACAUCUGCAAUGCGGUAGAGGUGAAACAGACUAUCAUGGAAGGACUGUUCAGAAGACUGAUAUCAGAGGGGAAGAAGCUGUUCCUGAGUUGUUUAGCAGCAUGAAAAGAUAUCUGGCACAGCAUUCUCCACAUUUCUAAUGAAAAGCCAUGUCUCAAUUGAAGCCAUAUCUUCAUGGAAUGCUAUGACAAAUUACAUUUGAGAAUUACAUACAAUCUACUGCCCACUGACAAGUAUGCAUACAUGACCAGUUUGCAAAGUGAGAAUCUGAUAAGACUGCAUUUGAAAAAUAUUACUUCACACCACAAUGUAGCAAAUUGUUGUAGAUAAAUUACUAGAAAACUGUACUAGCUUUUGAAUGGUAUAAAGUGAACUGAGAUCCCUUGAGGGAUGAAUCGCUAGCAAUCUAAUUCUUCAGUACUCUUUGAUGUUUUUUAAAAUGCUUUAUUAUUAAAGUACUUAUGUAAUUAAAGUGUGGGGUCUCGUAACCCUGAGAAUCAAAAUGUUACUGCUGUAAAGAAUAAGCCAUAGCUCUAUACCUCAAGGUCCUUUUGUAUUAAUCAUGUUGAGUACAUAGAUUUCAAUUGAAGUUGUAAUAGAUUUUUUUUUUCAGGUAACUUGGUUUAUUGCUAACGUUACAACAUGUAAUAACAUUUUGGCAGGCGUAUUAAUAGUUAGUCUCUGGGGAACCUGCAAAUGAAAUUGCCAGUAGCUUUGCAUUGUGAUCAAUUUAUCAAUUUUCCCGUGAUAUUGUUUUCUGUGUUUUCAACAAUAUUGGCGGGAUGGUGAAAGAAAAUCAACGCAAACUUUGUCAACCAAGUAGCCUCGUAAAAAUAACAUUGGGCAUUGCUUCCCCACCCCCACCUUCUCGAAACUUAAUCCGCAUGGAAAUAAUUGAGCUGCUUUUAAAAUGAAGUCUGAGCAGUCAAUAGCAUUUUUCAUUUGUUCUGCAUCAGUAAUAUCGAUAUGGAAACUAUUCACUACAGAUAAGGUAGAUAAUUGCAUUGAUGGCAGUAUUAAUCUAUUCAAAUGUAAAACCAAGUGGGCACUACACUGGAAAAAUCCAUAUAUUAAUUAUUGCUGUAUAGCAUUAUAAAUAAAGGUAUUGCAAGUAGCACAAUAAUAAAUUGGAAUAAUGCAAUAUCCAAGAACUCUCAGUGUUCCUGACCUUUUGUUCACAGCUGAGUAAAGAAAUAGGUCAUUAAUCACUGUAGCAAUGCAAGAUUAGGGUCACAUUCCAGUCUCAGGCAAAGCAAUUGAUUCUAACAUCAUCACAUUAAUCUUCCUACCCUUUCCACUUCCUUCUCUAAAGCUCUGAAAUUAUUUUCUGUAUUACUUAUGCAUGUAGAAAGCAGAUUUGGCAGACUUAGUCAUACUUGCUGUGUGUGCUUAAGGGAUAUCUGAGGCCGUGGAGGUUUUCAGAGAAGUAGCGCAGAAAUUUGCCAUUUGGCCCGCUGAGUCCGUGCUGACAUCAACCACUCUUCCAUUUUAAAUGCCAUUUUAUUUUCCCCACCUUCCCAUCAACUCUGCCCACAUCUGUCACUAUCUUUGCAUCAACGGCAUCUCUUCCUCCAGUACCUCCUCUCCGAGCGUGUGCCACCGCGACAUUCUGAGAUCUGCUCCACCUCUCUAUCACGUCUGAAACACUGAAAACGUGGAAAGUUGAGCUGCCUGCCAUGUCCCUCUCGCAACCAAGUCUCCAUCAUGAGUACGGACAUUGUGGGCUGACUAGCCUGUCCCUGUGCUGUGUUGUUCUAUCUUCCUCUGGGAAGCUUAUAAUGUGAUUAUCAAACUGGUAGAGGAAGAAUCUCCCUCAGCACCUCAAUGUCUUGAUCUCGGCUUACAAUAAAGUGCACAAAUUAAUAUCAGACAUGUAUCUAUUAAAAAAUUAAUUUUAA